AUGCCAGACAUGGCGUCCGUGCCCCCGCGCGGGGGUGCGUUCGGAUCGGGGCCCUCGCGCGGCGACGUCGAGGCGGCGGAGCAGGGCCUCCUCGACGCGGCGGAGGAAGCGGGCGUCGGCACAGAGCGCAGCGUGCGCGCCCUGGCGGCGGCGGUGGCGCGGGCCGAGGCGACGCCCGGCGUGGACGAGGAGUUGCUGGAAGAGGCGUGCAGGACGCUGUCGUCGUCCCGGGCGCUCCUCGAGCUCUCCGGCGGCAGCGGCGGCGCGGAGGCUGAGGCGGAGGAGGACGACGCCGAGCAGGCCCUCGCCUCGGCGGCGGCGGAAGAUGACGUCGGCGCGCUGGAGGCCGCCAUCGCAAGGGCCGAGGCGGCCGGCGUCUGCGAGGGCGCGGUGUCGGCGGCGCGGGAGGCGCUGGAGGUGUUGCGCGAGUUGGCGCAGGCGAGGGCCGACGCCGAGGAGUCCCUGGUGACGGCGAUGUGCGGGCACACGACCAGCUGCUGGAGGCCGCGAUCGCCCUCGCCGAGGAGACCGGCGUGA